UGUAUUCAAAAUCAACCGGGCCGGGCCCACCCGCUCCCCUCGGUCAAUGCCUCCGCACUGGCAGCUCCACAUGCACCCGUAAAGUGCACUUGUUCAUGCUUUUUAUUCAUCUUUUUCCUUUUCUUUGAAGAAGUGAUCAGUUCUGGAAUAAAUGACUGGACCGGAAUUGAUUUCAAAAGGAUUGUAACAAGAGAAAGUGAUCAAUAUGGCUGACGGGGCCAAUAGUGCCAAUGGGCCCCCAGCAGCAGAAGCAGGUGGCUCCAUCAAGUCCAAAGCUAUGAUGGUGCUGAACAAGCUUCGUGUGUCUGUGGAGCUGCUUGUUGCUCUGGCCGCUCUCUUAUGCUGGUUGACGGUGGGCGUGGUCAUGUUUAACUUUGUGGAGUACAAAGCAGUACCAGACAUCCAGCACAUCAUGUCCGACCCGCUCCAAGCUGCUUAUGACGCCGCGGAGGAAGUGUCCCAUCUCGUCAACAAGUUCCAAGAAUGUACACCCGACUUAAGUGACCCCAUGUCUGCGGCCACGUACGCCAUGGACGAAAUAGCCCAAGCCAAAGACAAAUUUGUGCAAUAUUUCUCCGACGAGGAAGACGUCUCCUACCUGAGUUACGUGGAUCCGGUGGUGAUUGGCAGAAGACUUUUCCAUUCCACCAAUGACUUUGCGAGCGGGUUGGCGGCGUCCCUCAGGGACACGUUCUGUGCUGCUGUGGAUGUCGUGUUAUCUUCUAUAACACAUAUCAGUGAAGUGUUGUGUUCGGGUAAAAUGGACCUGAGCUUCAUGGAUCCGGUUCCGUGGUGUCGAGGAGUGUUCUCCUGCACCAAUGACUUUGUUUGCGGCCUGCUGGGCUCCAUUCGGAAGUUCUUCUGUGGCAUCCUAGAUUCUGUUCUAGAUCUAGUCAAGGGAAGCGUGGACCUCAGCUUUUUGGACCCCGUGGCGUUUGGGAGGAACCUCGUCAGUGUUACAAAUGACACUGUCCAUAAAAUGGCGGACGGCCUGCAGGAAGUGAUGUCUGUCACAAAGGACGGCGUGGUUGAUAUAGUCAACGACAUCCAGGAAGCGGUCUACUUCAGCCCCUCGGCCGCCCUGAACAGGACCGCCGAAAUCGUGGUGGAGCAGUACCAAAUGCUUGCCAACGCCAUCACCGGGGUCCUCCCCAACGUGACCUUUGACCCUGCGAAAACAGUUGAAGAUGCUAUGUUGGAGCUGACCAGCAAGAAGGAUUUAUUUGUGGCCUACAUGUCGGCCAUGUUUAUGGGCAAGCAAGCUCAACCGGUCGCUAUGCCGCCUGAGGACAUCAUCCCUGAAAAAGGUGAACGUGCAGCACCUCACUCCGAGCUGCCGAUGGUGAGACGCAAAGGUGAAUUUCUGCCACCGUUUGCAAAAGUUGCAGAGGUGACGGUGAUGAUGCGCUCGGAUGAAGACCUGCGAGAAGAUAAAAAAGCAUCCCGAGGGGAGGGGGAGGAGGAAGCAACGGAUGAUGAAGAGGAGGAGGAGGUGAAUGAAGAGGAUGGUGGGUUGAAAGAGGAGAAGAUUGAAGCUGCAGGAGUUGCGUUCGGUGAGGAGGUUCCUUUAGAUGAUGAGGAGAUGACACCCUUGGAUGCUGAUGAUGAUGCAAAAGCGGACAUGGAUGAUGAAGACGAGGAAUUAACAACUUCAGCUGAUGAUGAUGAUGAGGAGAUGGCAACCGUAGAUGAGGAACAGGAGGAAGCAAAAGUGGAGAUGACAGCAAUUUUAGAUGAUGAAGAGGAGAAAAUAUCUGAAGAUGACUAUGAUGAGAAAAUAUCUGAAGAAGAGGAGGAAGCCCUUCCCAGUGAUGAUGAUGACGACGAAGAUGUGGAGACCAAAGAGGAGGAGGAGAUAUCAACAAUCGAGGACGUUGAUGAAGAUGACAACAAAACUGAAGACGAUUACAGUGAUGAUAAAGAAGAGAAAACAAUAGCUGAUGAAGAGGAGGAGAUUCUAAUCAAAGAUGAUCGUGAGGAGGAGGAGGAGGAAACGUCAACAUUAGAUGAGACAACAGUAGAUGAAGAUGAUGAAGAUGAGGCGGUGGAAACUGUUGAAGUUGACGAGGAGGAAGAUGAAGACAUUAAGAAAACAACCUUAGCUGAUGAAGAAAAGAAAACAACAGUAGAGGAGGAAGAGGAGAUGCAGGAGGAGACCAAAGAGGAGAUAACAAGAUUAGAGGAGGACAUAUCAACAGUAGAUGAUGACAAAAGAACUAAAGAUGAUUAUGAGGAGGAAGACAAAGAUGACGACGAGGAGGAGGACGAAACUUUAGCGUUAGAUGAGGAGACAACAAUAGUAGAUAUAGAUGAUGAUGAAGAGGAGGAAGAUGAAGACGUUGAGAAAACAACCUUUGCUGACGAAGAGGACAGAACAGUGGAUGAUCAUGACGAGGCGAUGGAAAUAACAGUAGAUGAGGAGGAGGAGGAGGAAGAAGCUGUUGCUGGCGAGGAAGACGUGACUAAAGAGAAGACAACGCCAGAAGAUGAUGAGGAGGAAGAAACCACAUUAGAUGAGGAUGAGGGUGAGAAGACAGCAAUUCUGGAUAAGGAGGAGACAACCAUCACAGAUGAGGAUGAGGAGGAUGAAGAGGAGGAGACAGCAACUUUGGAGGAGGACAAACCUUUUGCGCGUGAGGAUGACAAAGAGCAAGACCUUCAUCAUGGCGAGGAUGCGGAAGUUCCUGUUCCUGUUCCUGCACACAUGAAAUAUUCCAUCAAACUCCGCCCAGUUGUCAAACAUGAAACCAAAAAACAGCCGACACCAGCAGUUAAAGAUCUUUUGAAAGAGAAGAAGACAGACGUCAAACAUGAGGAAUCGCUCACCAACAAAACCAGCGAGGAAAAACCAGCAGAGAAGCUCAAAGCCAUCAAGAAACUCCUUAAGAAAAAGACACCAAAAUCAAAAGAAGAAACACUGAAGGAGCUGCGAGUAGAAGCAAAGACUCCGGAAAACACAACGGAUGCAAAGAAGCCCUUCAUAGUCAGGUUCUCCAAAAUCCAAGUGCCAAAAAGGGCCGUGAAAGAGAAAGAAGAUGUGAGGAAACCUGCUAAAGAGGAGAAAAAGGAGGAGGAGACCCUUACUGAGGAAAUAAAAGAAGUAAAAGAUGAGGCAUUACACAAAAGGGUGAUGCCCAAAACUCUCAAAGAAGUCAAAAGACCUUCUAGAAAAGAGAAGGAAGUCAAAAAAACUCCAAAAGAAGACAAAGACGUCAAAGAACCUUCUAAGAAAGCCACAAAACCUCCAAAAGAAGUUAAAGAACCUUUAGGAAAAGAAAAGGAAGUGAAAAAAACUCAGAAAGAAGUAAAGAAACCUUCUGAAGAAGUCAAGGAACCUCUCAAAGAAGUCAAAGAGAAGGAGGUAAAGAAACCUCACAAAGCCGAGAAGGUCAAGGAGAUUUCAAAGGAAGACGAUAAACCUCAAAAAGAAGAGGAGAUCAAAGAAACUAUGGAGGUAGUCAAGAAACCACCGAAAGAAGAGAAAGACAUCAAGGAACCAUUGAAGGAAGUCAAGAAAGCUCCAAAGGAGGAGGUGGGAGCCAAAACACUCUCUAGAAAAGUAAAAGAAGUCAAGAAACUUCAGAAAGAAGAGAGGCAUGGCAAAGAAACUUUGAAGGAACUCAUGAUACCUCCAAAAGAAGUUGAGGAACCUUCCAAAGAAGCCAAGAAACCUCCAAAGGAUGUCAAAGACCCAUCUAGAAAAAAGAGGGCAAUCAAGAAGCCUCUCAAAGAAGAGAAAGAGGUCAAAGAAAAAGCUGAAGAAGACAAGGAACAUCUUAAAGAAGAGAAAGAAGCCAAAGAAACUUUGAAGGAACUCAAGAAAUCUCAAAAAGAAGUUGAGAAACCAUCCAAAGAAGUCAAGAAACCUCUAAAGGAAGUGAAAGAACCUACAAGAAAGGAGAAGGCAGUCAAGAAGCCUCUUAAAGAAGAGAAGGAGGCCAAAGAACCCUCUGAAGAAAUCAAGAGACAUCUUAAAGAUGAAAAAGAUGGCAAAGAACCUUCUAGAAAAGAGAAAGAAGUCAAGAAAGAAGACACAGAGGUCAAAGUAACUUCAAAGGAAGUCACAAAGCCGCAGAAACAAGACAAGGAGGUCAAAGAACCUCCUAAGGAAGCCAAGAAACCUCAGAAAGAAAUCAAAGAACCUUCCAAGGAAGCCAAGAAACCUCCAAAGGAACUCAAAGAACUUCCAAGCCACGAGAAGGAAGUCAGGAAACCAAAGAAAGAAGAGAAGUCGGUCAAAGAAGUGACUAAGGAUGAGUUGAAAGUAAAAGAGGACAAGGGUGUCCUUAGCAAACAUCCUAAAGAACAAAAGCUUGAAGAAGCUGAAAAACCAACCAGCGAGAAGCUUCCCAGAAAAAUAAGAACCAUCAAAGAAGGCAAAGAAGACAAGAGGCGUCCUCGGGAAGAUGUCGACAAAGCUCUCAAAAAGGAACGUCCCAAAGAAGUUGAGAAACCCAUCAAAGAAGCAAACAUGUCUUCAGUGGUCCUUCAAGAAACUAAGAAACCACUUGAAGGUGGUUCCGAAGUCAAAGACAAGAGGACGUCUUUAAAAAGAUUUUUCAAAAUCCACAAAGAAGUCACAGAAGCAAAGAAAGCUCCCAAAGAUGAGAAAGAAGGCAAAACACUUCCUGACAAAGUACUGUUCUUCAGGAGAACUUCCAAAGAAGCUCUCAAAAAGACACACAGAGAACUUAAAAAUGAAACUGAAGUCAAAAAGCCUCCUGAAGAGGGAAAGGAAAUCAGAAAACAUCUUAAAGAGGAUCUCCAGAAACAAGAAGCACGAGAUUCCAAGACAACCACGACAAAGACAGAGGAGAAGAAACCACAUGAAGAACUUGAAGAGGAGAAAGACAUCAAAAGAUCUCUCAGGAAAAAGACAGCGCAACUGAAACCAACCAGACUCCAAAAAGACAUGAAACCAUCCCAGAAGGUCCAUGAGGAGCCUAAACCCUCUGAGGACAAGGAAAAAAAGAAACCUCCCAAGGAAGUGUUGGAGAUCCCUCAGAAAAAACAAGUUGACGAAUCUUUGGGAGAAGACAAAGUCAUCACGACACCCCUCAGAAAGGAGAGAAGGUUUCUGAAACCAAGAGAAGACAAAGACAUCCAGAAACCUCAAGAAGAAGAAAGUAAACCUUCUGAGAUAAAAGAAGAGAAGAAACUUCCCAAAGAAGAGGACAAAGUAGAGACCGGGAGAUCUUUAGGAGAGCAGAUGGAAGUCCAAAAAGUGAUCAAAAGACAGACCAGGCCUCAGAAACCUUCUCAAGAAGAUGAAAGUAAACCUUCUGAGAUGAAAGAGGAGAAGAAACCUCCCAAAGAAGGGGACAAAGUAGAGACCGGAAGAUCUUUAGGAGAGCAGAUGGAAGUCCAAAAAGUGAUCAGAAGACAGACCGGGCCUCAGAAACCAAUGGAGAAGGAACCCAAAUCAACACCUCAAGAAGCCCCAGAGGAGCCUAAACCAUCUGAGGAGAUUCCACCCAAAGAACCCCUCAAAGAAGCAAAGAUACACACCAAAGUAGACGUUGAAGAGAAGAAACCAGCCAAGAAAGAAAAACAAAUCAAGGUGGCUGAUGAAGCAGAAGGAAGGAAGUCAUUGAAGGAAAAGAAACCUCCCAAGGAGGAAAAACCUGAAGAUGUCAUUUCCAGGGAACCUGAGAAGCCCUCCAAGCAAAAACCGAAGGGACCCUCCAAAGACGUUUUGAAACCGUCUAAAAAAGAACCGGAGAAGCUCUCAAAAGUUGCCAAGGUGACCACCAAAGAAGAUACAAUCGACACUUCCAAAGUUGUCAAAGAAGUCAAGAAGACUCCAAAAGAAAAACCUGCACCGAAAGCGGAUGUUUCCAAGAAACCUUUCAGGUUCCUGAGAGUCACCAAAAAGCAAAUAGCGCCAGUCCUCAAAAAAGAACACGUCAACGUGACAAAAGAAAAAGAAGUUCCCAAGAUGAAAGCCAAACCAGAAAAAGAAAAAGAAGUUCCUGCAAAAAACAUCACUUCGGUGCUGAAGGAGAGAGUUAAAAUUGUGCCAAUGAAGAAAGUUAUCACAAGGCCGGUAAAGAAAAUCCAGGAGACACCCGCAAAAACACCUGUUCGAAUUCAGACGAAACCCAGAGUUGGCGUCAAAGAAGCGGGGAUUGCUCCUAAAAAUGCAACUCUAGCCAGAGAAAAAGUGAAAGCAGCUCCAUUAAAGAAAGUGCCUACCUCUGUUGAGAAGACUGAAGGAAAGAAGAGAAAGGCCACAUCACUCCUAAAGACAAAAGUAGAGCACAAGACUGCCAAAGAAAAUCAAAAGCCCACAACAGUGACAAAAGAAAAAGUCGAGGAGAAAAAGGCAACUAAAGACGACCUGCCGAAAGAAAACAGAGUCCUUAAAGAGAUACAAGAGAAAAAUAAAUCCUCAAAGGAAGAGGAACCGAAAGCGGAUUCUGAUGACUUUGUCCCGGAAGACGACCUGCCCUACUUCCAGUGUUUCUUCGUGGACGAGGACGAAGCCCAGUUUCCCUUCUACGCGUUCUCGCCGCUGCAGGUUUGAGGCGGAGCAGCUGACGGCCGGCCGCCAUUUUAGAGCCCGACUCGACUGACUGGAGCGGGGGAUUGUGGGUAAUUGUUGCCACAUGGACGCAGCCAUUUUGGUCACAUUUGGUUGAGCUCUCUUACCAAAUAUGUGCAGCCAAUGUCAUUCCUUUACUUUUCUUUUUUUCAUUUUCUUUUUUUUUUAUUGUUAAUUUAUUAUGAAGUUAUUUUUUUCUUUGUUUUACAUUAUUUUUUGUUAUUUUAUUUUUCAGUAAUUUAUGCCAUUAUUUUUUAUUUUUUUUUGACAAUUGGUUGAGGGAGGUUACCGCCCUGUCGGUCCCCCCCUUUGCACGCCACUUAUGAGCAUGCCACAUAUAUGAGAGCUCCCAAAACAUCCGGAUGGAAAAAAAGACUCCCUAAAAAGUCUGAUUAGUUAAUCAGCACGCAUGUCUGCGCCAAUGUUAACGUUGGCUCACAGUGCGCCAUUUUGUGCUCGUUUUUUGGUUGACAGAACAAAAACAACUGACUGUACAUUACAAUGACAACUAAACAGAUGAAAAGCACAGAAUGGGGAUUGGGAGAUUUACAUAUUUCUGAAGAAAAUGAAAACAAUGCUGUUUUGACAGAGGGUCGCCUCAUUUGUCAGCAGCCAGACGGUAACAGAUUGUCACGCUUUGUGACAAUUGACAAAGCCUGAGAGGAUCAUCCUAAAUGUAAAUCCCAUUUUAUUUUUGUAAUCAUAAUAAGUGGGACAUGUCUUGUGUGAGUGAAUGGUGCUCAGAGUUGGAUUGUUUUGUUUCAAACAAACACUACUGCCAAUGCUUUGCAAUAUUUCUAUUGAGAUAAAUAUAUUUAGAAUUUAAUAAAAAUGUAUUUGUUAGGUUCAACUUGUGUAAUACGCCAGGUCAAAGCUACCUGAAAUCUGCAUGUGCGUGUCAGAUUUAAAAUAGAGAAAAGGGAGAAAGAAUGUACAGUGAAUAUAAAAAGUCUACACACCCCUCUUCAAAUGCUGUUAAAAAAAAAUUGGAAAAAAAAUCCACUAUUAGGGUGACCAAAAAAACUUCAUUAAAAAUGAAUGGAUACUGACCUGGCAUUUGAAGAGGGGUGUGUAGACUUUUUGUAAAUACAAUUUUGAUCCCCAUUGAGGAGGAUAAUAAUAGAACAACAGAACCAUUGUGUCUGCUCAUUGCGCUUGGAUUUGACAUUCAAUAAAAGAGUCACGCAA